AUGGAGCAUGGAGAUAUUGUGAGCAAGGGCAAGGGCAAGGGCAAGGGCAAGGGCAAGGGCAAGGGCGUGCUCUCCCAUCCUUCAAGUUCCUACAAACAUAUCAUAAUAGUUGCGGCCAUUGCAUCCGGACUCCAAUUUGGUUGGCCCAUCCGCCUCCCAACGUCAGGGCUGGAGCCUUUUCAAUCUUUUCUUCAAAUUCCAACGCGGGGCAAGCUUUUAGUGUCGGCAGUUAGUGGUCCCUUAGACGCAGCCUUCGGGGGAGGGAACUUACCGGCGUUCGUGAUGGGUGGAAUUGCGGCCUUUGCAAGCUCCAUGUGUGCCAUCUUCCUUCUCCCCGACCCACCACCUCAGUCUGAUGUCUCCUUAACAAUGGGCGGUGCCCAUUGA